AUGGACUGUCAGGCUGUUGAGUCGUGUCAAGAGCAGUUGACGUUGGACGGCGUCAAGCCUCGCCUUAGUGUCCAUCAUCCAGAUCGUCCUGUGACUGGCCUGUAUGGUUGGGUGGGGAGAGGGGGGCGGAGCAGAGCGAACGGCUACGCGGCAUCGAUCGAAGCGUGCGCAGGCCCGGAAGCGAGGGCCGUUGUCGAACGGCGAACGGCGAAUGGCAAAAAUGAUGGUCUAUUUCGUCGGGCUGUCUUUGCGUUUACAGCCGUCGUCGUC